CAAACCACCAGCAAAGGCCCCUUCUAUACAAAUAAUCCCCCUCUACAGUCUUCAAUGAAUACCGGUGUUGGUUCCACCACUGUUGUCCCCAAUGACUUGGUCAGUGAGAACAAAGUUACCAAUGAUGCUAGCUACAGCCAGAACUCUGUAGGUAGAGACAUUGCUGCUGAGUUUGAUUCCCUGUUCAGUCCAGAAAUCCUCCUAAAAUUGGACAAUGAUCCUCAACUGAAGGGUGGCCCUUGCGGCGAUGCCCUCCCAGUUACGACAUCGCCCACCGUGGAGAAAAGCAGUGUAGCAAAGCCGACUAAUGCAUCCGCUACUUCAACCAUUACACCUUUACCUCCUGGAUCGUUGACCGAUGCUCACACCCGAGGUGUCUCCAGUUCUGAAACUGAACGUCCACUCUCUUCUGAGAGAACUAAGGGUAACGAGGAUGGUUUAAUGCACGGGCUUUUCGGAGGUGUGGCAUCCGAGGACUACUCCAAGUGUAGGUCAGAGAGGACUCCGACCAGAGACCUACCUCGCAGAGCAAGGGCCGGCCAAUCCGGCAGGGUUGACGAGAACCUGGAGGAGGAAGAUGUUGGACUCCAGAGAGCCAUGGAGCGAGUUGAUGAGAGCAGCCACCGAGCGACAUGGAACUUUUACAACGAAUGGGUCUGUCGGAAGAAGAUCAGCUUAGGUUGGCUCUGGAGCUCAGCAUGCAAGAGCAAUGUGUGGAAGAUGGUGCUAUGGACCACAAUCAUCCAGGGACCUGCCGGCCAGACACUCCCACACCUGAUACCCAGCGACCACGACGUACAAACUGGUGGGUAUAGUCAACCAUAUUGGAAAAGCAUCUUCAGGAGGUCUGCUACUAUAUAUACCCAUACUGUGACCCGUGUCCCAUCUUUUUCACAUGGGUUAAGAUAAUUGUUCUCACUGUGCUACAGGGCACUACAUUAGUGAUGUGUGCAGUGGUCGGGAGGGAGUGUGGAGAAGCUAUAACACAGCUACGUGACUGAGGCCAGAGGAGGACAUUAGACAGAGUGAGGAAAGGAACUGGCUACAUCUUCUUCUACAUGCACAAAUCUGUUCUAGGUAGCAUCAAUACCAAGAGAGCUUCUUGACCACCAUCACCAUCUGACUCAGUACACUUCUGUCAUUAUGUUUCAUGGUAUUGUUUUUACCAACAC